AGAAAGAAAAAAGACUCUGACUCGACGAUAAGGAUACUAAGCUUUUUGACUUUCCCCACUGAUUGCGCGUUAGCUUCGCUAAGCGACAAGAUGAGUGGUCGCUUCUCGAGCCAGGGAAUCGAGGGCCUCAACUCGCCAGAGGGUGACAACGACAACUCCUGGUCGUUUACACCAGGACCGCGAUUACCGCCAGUGGUAACAUCAUCGUCCGAGGAGCUGAGUUCCGAGCCCGAAUCGCAUCACGGAGACGGUGCAGGACAGCAAGGAACGACUGGAGGUACUUCGGCAACAAGUGAUGUGAAAGAACAGCCGUCUAUCGGCGUCGGAGUCGCUGCGUCCUCGGGUUGUGCUUCGAACACGUUUUCCACCGAGAGGCCGGGCUCUUCUAAAGUGGAGGUCGCCAGUUCUACCGCGUUGGCGUUGCCCACCAGCUCUACAACUAGCUCGCACGAAACCGCCUCGACGGGCGUGCAAGGGAUUGUACCAACCAGAAGGCGGGUUUCAGAUGGGCAGUUGCUAAUUUCGUUCUCGUGGAGCAGGACCAGCAAGGUUGAAAAAUCGAACACGCAGUUACAUCACGGUGGUGCAGGUAGAAACGAGAACCAGAACAACCUGAACGGAGCGCAGCAGUAUUGUUGACUUGAUCUUGUUACUCUUGUAGUACUUAUUGUACUGUAGAUCUUCUUGAAAGAAUUUUGUUCUUCUCGUCUUGGAUGAACACUGGUGGGAGAAAUGGCUGUAUGACGUUGCACAUGAGCGGAACAUUAUCUACUUGUCUUGCCCCAUGAUCCAGCACAAGGAUCAACAAGUUGAGCGCCGAGAUCAUCCAUAGCACCAGUCUUGCAAUAUCCGUCAACCACAUGACAAACAGGCUCUUCACCGGGGAGGAACAACACACCACGGCGUCACGCGCCCACCUGAGGCAGUCCGCCCCCGGGGUCAUGACCGGCGCACCAACUCUGUGCAGUGAUUCCACCCUUUCCGCAUUUGGUUUCGAACCAAACUCCGACCACGAGAACGACGCACAGCAAAUGGUAGUUUAGUUUCAUAUCUUUAUCUUUUUACUUUUGCUAAAUGCCACGGAACAACACUCCCUAGUCCUACUAGCCCUUCACGUUUAUCUGCUACUUUUAUUUUGAAUGCCAGUUUUGCUUUUGGGCCCUUUCUGUUUCAUCUGCCACGACGCACAGGAGAAAUGAUUGUUGAAGACGUGUUGAAUGACCAAUGAUACUAAAAUCAGGGGGACGACGGGCUGACGUACAACACUCUUCUAUUUUCAUCCAAGAAGAGCUGUCACGAGCGUAAUCGCGACCACGUAAUGGAGGUUCCUACUGUGGAGGGCGACUGGGUUAAACGACAAAGAAAGGACACCCGGACGAAUCGCAUCCGGAAAGACACCCGCACGAUUCGUAUCCGGAAAGACACCCGGACGACCCGUACCCGGCCCGCCGGCCGCGACAAUCGCACCAGUCGAACGGGACGCGUCGACCGAAGAAACUCCAUCCACGGUGGGUACGGUCGAGAGUGAAGACUGCAGAGUGGAAACAGACAGAAAAGUAGAACAAGAUAGUUAGACUUAGAAGGAGUCAACAUGCUAGAACGUCUCGGAAAAUAUGACUAAGAGCGAAAUAAACGCAAAAACUUUCUCUGUCUGAACUGUAGUACAUGUUUUUUCUAGAAAAAGUCCAAGAACGGGCGAGAUUGGGUACUUGCGUGAGUGCAGCUAUGCGACUGCGAUGAAGUUUUAUUUUAGUUUUCAAUUAUUUUUUGCCGAUUGUCUUCAAAAAGCCGUAUAAUAAUUAUGUUGAGAAAAAUAUUUAUAACACCAGCACUUCCCUAAUUUACAUGUACACAUGGGAAAAAGAAUCUAUCAAGAGCAGCGGCCGGAUCGCUUUGUACAGCUACAGUAACAGUUUUACGAACGAUUUCAGAGUCGCUUUUUGAGAAUCUUUCACCUCAUCAAGAUCCAUUUUAUCGUAGAAAACCAAAACUUGAACUUCGUAUCUAGCUCUAGUUGCUCUCGAUUUUUACUAUUUUGUAGUUGUACAAGAAAGUUGGAAGUCCAGUUCCUAAGUAGCGUUAGACGUCGCGUUGAGAAGUAGUUGCGUAUCUUUUUCGAUGGUUUAUCUCUUAGUUCGACAAGGAAAAUCCACAGUUCCAAAAAACCAGAAGAAACCGUUGUCAAGUCUAUUGAAGUCGUCGCCUCGGAAAAU